AUGACCCGGCCUCUACCUUUGUCAAGUCGGAAGACUGCUCCGGCCUCAGCUAGCGCCAACGCAGCCCCUAAACAGGUCGACAAGAGCCUCCAGUCGUUCCUCGACGGCAGUGCGGGUCGGCCCGCUGCUCCUGGCAACACAGCCUCUACAGCUACUCAAGCUGCAGCUCCUCAUCUCGCCCGUGUUGACGCUACCUCCUUGGAUCCCGCUAUUAGACAGCAGACCAACGCCUCUACGUCUAACAACACCUCUGCUGGGAUCCCGCCUCAUCUUGCUCCUCGUGUGGUUCCUUCCCAGAACACGGCCCCUGUUCGGCCUGCCGCUCUUCCCGAAGCCUCUAUCACCAAGAUUCAACCUGCUGCUGGUCCUGUCGUUCGCGAGCACGACAAGCAAGACCAUGUGAAGCCUGAGAAGUCUCCCGCUCCAGCUCAACGCACUGGUCUUGGUCAGAGAAUCUGGGCUGACAAUGACAGCACGACUGUGGAGAACCCGCGCAAGAAUGCUCUUCCAGUGUGCGAGUCUGGCAACGGCAAGGAAAGCAAGCCUGUCCUUACCAGCAUCGACAACAACUGCUCGGGCUCCCGAACUGAACAGGAGAAGCAUGCCCUCUUAGAGGGAAUUGCUAACCGCAUGCUGGCUAGCUUGGCCAUUGCCCCUACCAUCACCGCAGACAACUCGAUCACUCCCACGUCAGGAGCUGAGCCUGCUUCCUUCGCCGCCUUUUGGGAUGUUUUCCAAGGAAAGGAUCCCUCUGCUAUCAGAGACCUCUUAAAAAGCAUGCAGACCUUGCCUGCAGCCGAUGGCAAGGUUGUUCAGCCAGUUAUGCAGAGCACCGCGGUUGCCAAGACGGUGCAGGACGUUGCGGACGAUCCCAAGACCUGCAACUGCCCUGAGCGACCCCGUGGUCUGCAUGGACUCAGUUACUCGUUGUUCAAUGUCGAUGAGGAUGGCGAUAAGGCACUUACGGACCCGCAGAAGUUUCUUGUGAACGCCAUUAUUCUGACCCACAGCAACGAGGACUGCCCCGUCCUUCAGAAGUGCAAGGACGACUACCCCUUGUGGUUCGGAGCUAUUCCUGCCACCUUGCCUGAGCAAGAGGACAACCUCGAGGUUAUCAUGUAUGCCGAGACAGCUGCUACAAAGCGUGCUCCGAAGAAGACCGGCCAUGGUCGCGGCCUCAGCAGCUCCCGUUGGGCUUGA